GGUGAGAGCAAGUAGCAGAGGUAUUAGUAGAUAUAAAUUUUUUUUUUCAUACCUGACCAAUUAAUACUCUGUUGUAUAAAUUGGAGAUGCCAAAGUGCUUUGUAGUCGGUUGCCGUAAUGGACCGAAAAAAUUAUGUUUAGAUAGGUCUGCAGUGUUUAAUGCAGAUAUUCAUCAAAUAAAGCCAAGAUUUUUUUACAUCCCUAAAGAUGAAACAUCAAGAAAAACGUGGGAAAAAAACCUGCCUAAUAGUGAAAUUCAACUGAAAACCACAUCAAGAGUGUGUGAGGAGCACUUUGUACCCGAAGAUAUCAUCAAAUGUGAUGAAACCAUUAUUGAUGGGAAAGUGCAUUCCAUUCCACGACAAAAUUGGAAAUUGAAAAUAGGUGCUUACCCAAGAAUCUUUCCAUCGUCAGCAACAUCUGUAGUACCAUUGGUACAAAGAAAACCCCCUUUGGAAAGAAAGCCGCUCAGUGACAUUACAAGUACGUACAAAGGAUUUUGUCCUUCACAUAUGAAACCUGCAAAAAAAAAAGAAAGACUCGCAGCUGUCACAAAGAACACUGUUCAAGAGAUUGAAGUUGGUGUUGUUGAAUCCUUAACCGUUCCUCAAUUGGAAGUAACUGAUUGUUAAAUAAAUUGUGCUAAUAUGUGCACAAUAAUAUGUAAAUUGUGCGCGAAGUGCAAGAGUUUCAAACCCAGUCAAUGUAGUUGUUUUC